AUGGCUCCCAUCACCAAGGACGAUCACAUCGUCUUGCUCUUCUCUUGCAUCAAGAACAGCAAAGGCGCAGGCCAGAUCGACUGGAACGGCGUCGCUACAGACACUGGACUCACCACCAACGCUGCUUCCAAGCGCUACAACAAACUCGCCGAUGACUAUGGGGUCCGUGGAGUACUGCGCAGUGGCUCUGGCCGCGUUCCUGCUGCUCGUGCCAAGAAUCGCGCUGGAAAUGAAGAAGGAGAGCAAGGCGACGCGCAAGAAGAUCAGACGAGAGCAAAAGGAAAGGGCCGCCAAACGCGCAGACAAGGAGGAAGCUCGAAGAAGCGCAAGAUGAAGCACGACUCUGAAGACGAAGAUGAGGCCGAUGGCGAUGCUGAGCAGGCUGUUGACUACGACGCCUUGGAUGCUGCUGACGACGAAAAUCAUCUUGUCAAGAACGAGCUCGAGGCCGACGAUGACGAUGAGGAGGCGAGUGUUCGCAAUGGAGCUGAUGCGGCUGUGAUGACUGACUGUAAGAAUAGGCUGUUGCUUGAACGCAUACCAACACACCACCCUCUCACCUGA